AUGGAUCAGAUAGCCUGUCUACUGGAACAGCCCGGCAAAUGGCAGACUAAACAGAUUGCUGUUAUUCUGCUAGGAAUAUUUUCCACGGCUGUAAACACUCUGGCGAUCGCCUUCAUAGGCUUUCAACCGAAAUUCGCUUGCACGGACGGAGAAAAUGAUUACAAUUAUACGGGAGGCAGAAACGCAACAACUGAAUUCAAUGACCAUUGCACUGUGCUGAACGCCACAUCGAACACCUCUUCUGCUUGUGGAGGUGGAUUUCGUUAUCAGGCCUACAAAUUGGAGACUAUUGUUGCAGAAUGGGAUUUGGUCUGUGAGAAGGCUUAUCUCUCGGAAGUAUCGCAAGUUCUGUAUACAGUUGGAAUGGCCAUCGGCUCGCUUUUUGUUUCCCCAAUAUCGGACCGCCUUGGAAGGAAGAAAUCUUACCUGGGCUUGCGUUUUCUCUACGUCUUCUGCACUGUUGGUCUGGCUCUCUCACCAAACGUUUAUGUCUUCAUGGCUCUUCGUUUUCUGACAGGGGCCAUGGGCACGUGUCCCUUGGUACGAUUCGUGUAUCUAAUGGAGCUAAGCCCAAUCCACCAUAGGCCAUUCUUAACCACAAUGACUGGGAUACUGUGGGCAGUGAUUCUCUGUCUAGAGUCCGGCAUAGCACAGCUAAUGAGGGGCAUGAAUUGGAGAUACUUCCAGGCUGUCAUAUCUAUAACUUCACUUUCUGUUAUUCUGGACGUCAUAUUCAUAAAGGAAUCUCUUCUCUGGCUUUACGCGAACGACAAGCUAAAGGAAGCUUCGAAGCUUUUGAAAAAAGCCAUGGCGACAAAUGGUAUCAUGGAACAGGAAAUGACGGCUACAGAUGAUGGUAGGGACUCGUCCGAAAGCACCGGAGAUCAGGCACGUGGUUAUCGGAUGGUUCCAAGUGCAGACACGCCCCCUGCUGAAGCUAAAGACAACCAAUAUGUCAACAUCAACAGCCCGUCUGAAAGCAGAGGAUGUGACGCAGGUGGUAACCGCAUGGUUCCACUGGCAAACAACGCCAAUUCAAAAGAUAGCCCAGCUUUGGUGGCAAAAACUGGGACGAAAAGGCUGAGCAUAAUACAUUUGCUGAAAAACAGGUCAACGCGGAAGAUCGUGUUUAUCAUUUGUUUUACCUGGUUUGUCAACAGUCUAGUGUAUUACGGGAUCUUUCUUAUGUCCUACGCCAUGGCUGGAGACAGAAUUUUGAACUUUUUCCUUGGUUCCUUGGUGGAAAUUCCGUCAUACCUGGCUCUGUACGUGGGUCUAAGAUGGUUAGAUCGGAAAAAGUUACUGGUGUGGUUACACGGUUUGUGUGCAGUGUCUCUGUUGUUAGCCGGCGUCUUCAACUUCACUCUCACUGGAGUGACCAAAGUUAUCGUCAUGCAAGUGGUAACAUUCGUCGGUAAAUUUGGAAUCUCGGCCACAUUUACCCUGAUAUAUGUCUAUACGACAGAAGUAUUCCCUACUAACUUCCGGACGUCUGGAUUGGGAAUUGGGUCAAUAUCAGCGAGACUUGGUUCCUUCUUAUCGCCAUUCUCCAGCGUGUUAGUACGAAAAUUACCUUGGGGUCCAGGGAUUAUAUUCGGAGGUCUUUGUCUGGUGCUGACUUUCAUUUUAUUGUUUGCACCGGAAACACGCAAUCGUGCUCUCCCACAUUUCCUGGAAGAUAUCGAAGCCUGGGAGAGCGACGAGAAGCGGGCAUCUUCUGUUAGAGAAGAGGGGAAUGCCUCAACAACUGCUUGA